AUGGCAACACAGGAAGAGGCUGAACUCUGUUUUCCAAAACUUAACAGCUCCUGCAGGAAGCCAACACUUCAUUGGUCUAAAGCUGUGCUCCUGAACACAGUGCUGUCCUUUAUCUGUCUGGCCACUGUAUUUCUCAACCUGCUCAUCAUCAUUUCAAUCUCCCAGUUCAGGAAGCUUCACACCACCACUAACAUCCUCCUCCUUUCGUUGGCUGUGUCAGAUUUCCUUGUGGGUCUCCUGUUGAUGCCUGGGGAAAUCUUAAGAAGCACAACAUGCUGGUUUCUUGGAGAUGUCAUAUGUUCUCUCUCUUUUUUAUUCGGCUGUCAAAUUGUCUGUGGUUCUAUUGGAAACAUUGUUCUCAUAUCAGUUGACCGUUAUGUGGCUAUUUGUCACCCUUUACAUUAUGCCACUAGGAUCACCUUAGGAAGAGUCAAGUGCUGUAUUUGUCUAUGUUGGCUUGGUGUAGGUUUUUACAGCAUUUAUUAUGUGAAGGAUGAUCUUAUUCAACCAGGCAGAGGCAAAUCCUGCUUUGGAGAGUGUACAUUUAUAUUAAGCUAUCUGACUGGAACUAUUGACCUAAUUUUGACUUUUAUAAUUCCAGUUUCAAUUAUCAUCCUUUUGUACAUGAGAGUAUUUGUGGUGGCUGUGUCUCAGGCUCGUUCCAUGCGCUCUCACAUUACAGCUGUCACACUUCAUUGUUCAGCAACAAAAAGAUCAGAGUUAAAAGCAGCCAGGACUCUGGGUGUUCUCAUUGUUGUAUAUCUAACAUGUUACUGCCCAUAUUAUACUUACUCCCUUAUUGGGACAAAUGUGACAAGCACUGAAUAUGCAUCAUUUUUUAUAUUUCUCUUUUAUUUUAACUCCUGUCUAAACCCUGUCAUAUAUGCCCUGUUCUACCCCUGGUUCAGAAAAGCUAUUAAGGUCAUUGUCACGCUUCAGAUACUGCAGCCUGGCUCCUGUGAUGCAAAUAUACUGUAGAGACACUUCAAUCACUCUUCUUAGAUCUCUUGAAGUAAACUUGAUGUACGCAAAUGACGCAAAAUAGGACAUUCAUUUCUAAAUGAAAAUUGUCUUUGAUUGUCUUUAAUCAAAAGCAAUGAAGUUUAAAAAUAGAUUUACAUAAUAUUUCUAAUUUUUAUAGCUUA